AUGGCUGACAUCGUCGAUGACAUCGUCGAUGACAUCGUCCUCACCGCGUCGUCCUCAACUCUUCUUUGGCACAUCAUGGGGCGUCUUUACUCCGAGUUCGCCAUGAUGGAUCUUGGCGAUCUACACCACUUCCUCAGCAUCUCCAUCACAAGUUUCUCCCCGGGCCUGUUCCUGUCUCAGCGACAGUACGCUUUCGAUACUCUUCAGCGUGCUGGCAUGGCUGAGUGUAACUCUAUAACGACUCCCGUUGACACUCAUGCUAAGCUUUCGGCACACAACGACACCAUGCUCCAGGACGGCUUUGAGUAUCAGAGUCUUGCUGGGGUGUGUCUCUUCAUGCAUGACCCGCGCGAGCCCCACAUGGCCCUGAUCAAGUGCAUCGUGUGCUAUGUGAAGGGCACGCCCUCCUCCGGGUUUCACAUCGGCACUGGUCCUGUUCAGUCUCUGACUGCCUACUCCGAUGCCGACUGGGCUGGCUACCCAGACUCUAGACGCUCCACCUCCGGCUUCUGCGUCUACCUCGGCGACAAUCUGGUAUCUUGGUCCUCCAAGCGCUAG